UUUUCUGCUAGAUCAGUUGAACAGAGCUUCUCGUCUCUCACCUCAUCCAGAAUCUGGAUUUGAAUCCAGAACUUUCAGAGCCAAGAGAUGAGGAAACUUCUCGGUCAUGAACAAACCUUUGUUUUGUCCCGUUUGCGUUUUGGGAAACUCAGGAUCUAAGCUGUUAUUGUGGAGGUUUCUGGAGCUAAAGGCUUACAAAAACUGAAAAGUACCUCAGAGUUAUGGAGUAGCUCAGACAGAACAGCCUGUACAAGGAGCUGCCAGCUGGGGAAAUGAAGUUUCCAUGAAGCCCAUCAGUCGCAAAGCUGUGCAUCGUUGGUUCAUUCAUUAGUGAGCGCAAAAAAAACAGGAAGUCAGUGAAAGUUGGAGGAAGAACAGCCGAGCUUCCCUUUGGUUAAGUUCUCUAAAUCCAAAAGAUGUCAACAGAGACCGUCGACAAGGAAGGAAGAGGAACCAAAACCUCUAAAACAUCAAAGGAUCACAAAAAGCCCACACCAGAGGCCCUGAAAGGAGCCAUCCAGCUGGGAAUCGGCUAUGCUGUUGGAAACCUGAGCUCCAAACCCGACAGAGAUGUUCUGAUGCAGGACUUCUCCAUGGUAGAAACCGUCUUCUUACCCAGUGAUGGCAGCAACCUGACUCCGGCGCAUCACUUCCCAGAUUUCCGUCUGAAAACGUACGCGCCGCUGGCCUUCCGCUACUUCAGGGAGCUGUUUGGGAUCAAGCCUGACGACUAUCUGUACUCCAUCUGUAAGGAGCCGCUGAUAGAGCUGUCCAACCCCGGCGCCAGCAGCUCCUGGUUCUACCUCACCAGCGACGACGAGUUCAUCAUCAAGACGGUGCAGCACAAAGAGGCGGAGUUUCUGCAGAAGCUGCUUCCUGGUUACUACAUGAAUCUGAACCAGAACCCGCGGACGCUGCUGCCCAAGUUCUACGGCCUGUACUGCAUCCAGUGCGGCGGCGUGACAGUUCGCGUGGUGGUGAUGAACAACGUUCUGCCUCGAGCCAUAAAGAUGCACUUCAAGUACGACCUGAAAGGCUCUUCCUACAAACGCCGCGCUUCACGCAAGGAGCGCGUGAAGAACUCGCCAACGUACAAAGACCUGGACUUCCAGGAGAUGCACCAGGACGGGCUUUUCUUCGACCCGGACACCUACAGCGCCCUGAUGAAGACCCUGCAGAGGGACUGCAGGGUCCUGGAGAGCUUCAAGAUCAUGGACUACAGUUUGCUGCUGGGCGUCCAUGUGCUGGACAGGAAGUCGCUGAGCAGAGGGAACCGCUGCGACAGCAGGAGGGGACAGAAAGUCCUCUACUCCACCGCCCUGGAGUCCAUCCAGGGGAACCUGAAGGACCCAGAGCCGGUCGCAGACGACGACACGUUGGGUGGGAUUCCUGCAAAACACAAAGAUGAAAACCUGCUCAUCUUUUUAGGAAUCAUUGAUAUUCUUCAGUCAUACAGGUUCAUUAAGAAAGUUGAGCACUCCUGGAAGGCUCUCGUCCACGACGGGGACACCGUAUCGGUCCACAGGCCCGGUUUCUACGCAGACAGGUUUUUAAAAUUCAUGGGAACGACUGUUUUCAGAAAGCUUCAUCCUUUAAGAGGAGCGUCUUCGAAGAGGAAGAGGAGUUCCCUACAGGUGGGGAAGGCGGCGUCUCAGGAGUUUCUGUCCACGCAGAAAGAGAAGGAGAAAGAGGAGAAGAAGGCGCAAAGCAUGGACAACCUGGAUGGAAACUUUUACAGUUCCUCCAAGCAACCAGAUCUUCUCCCCAAAUCUGCUCUGACUGAAUCCAUCCGAAACGACGAAGAGGAAGCUGAAAACAGUGAAGAUCGCCGGGACUCCAGCUCCACUUUAGCUCUGGACGAUCCGCUGCCGUCGCUCAGCAGGAGCCAAUCAGACUCUGAGUUGGAUGUUUACUUGCCUGACACAGACUCGCCCAGGCGACCCAGCUGGAGCUGUUUGUGUUGCAACAUCCAUAAAAAUUGAGGAAGGACUUGUGAGAAAACUUUUAAAAGACUACAAGCAGCAGCACGCUGGUUCCCGCCUGCCUGCGUCACUCUGAGCCUCCAUCAUCGUCAUUUUCUGUGUUGUCAUCAAUGUGCCAAAUCACUGCAGAUCCAUUAUGAUUCUAUUAAUAGAAGGUGUUUGUUUGUGGUUUGAGAUCCACUGUUCUGACAAAAAACAAAAACACUAAGCUGCCACUGCUUCUUCCUCUUUCACUUAGUUGUUCACUGUGCUGGCAGUAAAUAUUUAAUUUUCACUUUGUUCUCUUUUGCUUCUUCUUCUUUGUUUUACUAUAAAUAUGAAACUUUCUCAGCGGCUGGAUCCCUGAGGACAGAAAUGACUUUCCCAGAAAUGGAGUUCAGAGGUGAUUCUGUUACCUGUAGUAUCACAGUGCAGGUUGGACUGCUGUGUUUUUACAUACCGUAUUUCAAUGAAGGGUUGUGCUCUGCCACACUUACAGUAUCAUGCAAAACUUCUGAUAGCACUAAAUAAUACAGAUUAAACUUUCCCUGAACUUACUACUUCCUGGUGGAGCUUACCAGGCACCUUCCUGAGACUUUUCCCAGAUACCUAUCAGAUAAUUUACUGAAAUUGAUUGGUUAUUGGUUUAAAAUAUUUCUGGAAUCUAUUACGUAGGGUCCUGGAAUGGUCUUGGAACCUCCUUGGUACUUUCCAGGAACCUUCCAUGGACCUUGCUAGGCACAUCCUUGGAAACUACAGGUACUUUUCUUGUAACAUCCCAGUUAUUGGAUUGAGAAUGGACCAGGUACCAACCUGGAAUGUUCUCAGAACAUACCAGAUACAUUUCUGGAAAAUACCAGAUACUUUCCUGAAAUUUGCCAGUGAUUAGCCUAAGACUUUUCUGAAACUUGUGGGGGAGUGUCCUGGAAUGUUCGUAGAACCUUUCUCGCAACUUAACAGAAACAUUUC